AUGUCUUCCAAUGAAGCUGUAAAGAGAGCUUUAAAAGAUGAAAAAAUUAUCACUGAUCCUGCAGUUAAACAUCGAAGACCUAUUGGAUUUGAUGAAUCUCGAUUAACCUAUAAAAAUUCU